UCAAAUAAUUCAUAUUUCUCACAGACGGAAAGAAGAAAAGAUUGGAUAAUUGGAUAAUUGACAAAUAUUUUACAGACGUCAAGCAGUCAACAUGAAGUUCUGUUGCCCGAAAUGUGAUUACAAAACAGACAAAAAGAGCGAACUACUAAAACAUCAGCGCUCUGCCAAUCACUGGGAAAAGUUCAACUGUAAUAUAUGUGGAAAGGUAUUCACAAGGAAGGAUAAUUUAGACAAACAUGUUUACAAGCACCGAAACGAAAACAGUUUUCAUUGCUCAGAAUGUGGAUGUGCAUUUAGUCGGGAAGACAAUCUUUUCAGACAUUUGCGAGACAAACAUCAAGUUGGUGGCGGUCGAAAGCGGGAAGGAUCAUCAACUUCAGAGGCAUCUGCUCCAAAACUUAGAAAACUUACUUAUGCCUGGGAAUACUACAAUCUGCGUAAAGUAAACGCAAGGAUAAUAAAAAAGUUCAGGACCAAAUCAUCGACAUACAAGGCCUCAUUCAAGAACUUGGAAGUUGUGGAAUUACAAGACAUUUUAACUACGUUACAGGCAUUGUUUUCUUCCAUACUUAAUGAGGUUACAAAAGGGAGCAAAUCAAAUGACCUCGUUCGAAUUGUUGUGCAAAGUCCAACAUUGGAUUACCCUAUAGUUAUUCCAUUCGGACCUGUAACUGUCUUAACGGCUGAUCGUUUUCUUCAGGAAGUGGAACGUGUUCUACAGUCAAAUGAGGACUUUCUUAUCAAUGAGAGUUUGGAGUUCGAAAUAACAUUGGUAGACAUGCCAAGCGGUGGAACAAGAAAACGUUUCAAAUUUGUGAACAAUGACAGAUUUUUACUGGAAAAGAAAUGUAUUAUUCGGAUUAAAAACUCUGACAAUUUAUGCUGUGCAAGGGCCAGAAUUGAUAAACAUGAAAAGUGGGAGGGCCUUAGAAAGGGUUACGAACCGCAGGGUGACCUAGCUAGAGCUUUACAUAAAGCUGCCAGUGUGAAGGAAGGCCAGUGUGGAAUAGAAGAAUCAUACAAAUUCAAACAGUACUAGA